UGGGAAAAACCCAGCUCCGGCUCCGGGCCACCGCGUCUGCUGCGUCGCGGCCUUCCGCUGCGAUGGAGGACAUGGAACACCAAGCUCCAAUGUUGAGCGGUGACUUGGGUAUCUUGCAGAGAUACCUGGAGAGGCAGUUUGCGAGGCAAAAUCAGCUCCUGCUGGAUCUAACUUUCGAAAAGCGGCCGAAGAAAGCCACGGCAGUCAUGUCGCCAAUGUCGAAAUCAAGCCUGGCCAUCUCUUUCAGUGAUGGAGACGGCCACUAUCAAGGCUCCCACGAUCCAAACGGCGCUCUAUCACCGCGGAACGUGCAUGCCUUCUUGGACUUGCCGGAAACUAUGACCCGCGACCUAGAGGACCAAUUAUCCAUGCAGCCGGGCCAUUUGAUCAGAAAGGAAGGCCAGCGCGACAGCAGCCGUGCGUCCUUCGUGCGGCACUUCACCUUAGACCAUCACAUGGCCGCGCAGAAGAUGGCCAUCAGAAUCGACAAUGCUAGACGUCGAACGCGCCAGGAGGCCAUACAACUGGAGGAGAAGGACCAGAGCUGGAGGGCGCUAAGUAAGAGAUUUGUGCUGUCAUCUUUUGUCAGCAACUUCAUGAUGGCCAUGAUCGUCUUCAAUGCGGUGCUUUUGGGGGUUGAGAUUGACAUUUCAGCCAGGAUGGGGCAAAACGACAUUCCCUCCUGGUUUGGUAUUGUGAACACCGCUUUGGUGCUCAUUUUUGUGGCUGAAAUUUUGAUGAAACUGUUCGCCCUGGGCUUCAAUGAGUUCUGGAAGGGGGAAGACUGGAUAUGGAACGCCUUUGAGUUCGGAAUCGUUUCGAUUUCAGUGACGGAAACGAUCAUUGACUACUGGGCUCAGACGAUGACAACCAAUGGCAGUUCGAGCUCCUUUCGCGUGAUGCGCUCCCUGCGGCUGGUGCGGACCUUGCGUGGCUUGCGCAUCAUUCGGCUCUUCCGAUACUUCAGCGCAUUGAGAGGCUUGAUCCUAUCCAUCUUUAGCACACUGAGCUCCUUGCUGUGGACGUUGUUGUUGCUUCUGAUCCUUUUCUAUACCUUCAGUUGCAUAUUCACACAAUUGGUGACGGAUCAUUGUCGCUUUCAGACGAUUGACGCUGAUCCAGACAACGACAUCAAUGCGGUGCCGGAGUGUCCAAAAGACCUAGCCAUGUACUGGGGUAAUGUGAUGGAUAGCAUGGUGACCCUUUUCAAGUCCAUCACUGGAGGCAUCAAUUGGGCAGAAGCUUAUGUGCCGCUGAAGCAGGUUUCCCUCCUAGCCUUGUCGCUUAUGAACCUCUACAUUGUGAUUGGGUUUUUUACGAUCUUAAACGUUGUGACAGGGGUGUUUGUCAACACGGCCAUCGAAAGCGCCAGCGCAGACAAAGAUAUCGCCACAUUGAAGCAAAUGGAAAAGCGCAGCGAAAACAUGGCGUCAUUGAUAGAGGUUUUCCAGGACAUUGACGAGACCCACGUCAACCAGGUGUCGAUUGAGGAUUUGGAGGAGGCUUUCAGCCAAAACAAGAUGAGUACCUUCAUGGAAUCACUGGGCAUCAGCACUGAUGAUGUUUGGGGGUUGUUCCUACUUUUAGAUGCGGAUGGCAACGGCGCUGUGGAUUUGGACGAGUUUGUGACUGGUUGCAUGCAGCUUCGCGGGCCGGCAAAGAGUUUGCAGAUUGCUAAAAUGAGUUUUGAGAAUAAGCUCACUAGACAAGCCAUCAAGAACCUUACAGACCAGAUCCAGGAUGUCAAACAUCUCAUGGUGACGAAGGUUUUGGUCCGAGAGUAUGUGUGAGCUGCGAAGCAGCUUUUACGCUUUCCGUACCACAUGCGAACAGCAAGUUGUCGUGGAAAAUUCGACGGCUCGCAGGCAUCCAUGUAUGAUAUGUAUGCAUGCUUAGGUGUUG